AUGAGUGUGGUGGGGUUCGAUGUUGGGAACGAGAACUGUGUGAUUGCGGUUGCGAAGCAACGAGGGAUCGAUGUUUUGCUGAACGAUGAAUCGAACCGAGAAAAUCCAGCAAUGGUUUCAUUUGGCGAGAAGCAGAGAUUCAUGGGUGCUGCUGCAGCUGCCUCUGCUACUAUGCAUCCCAAAUCAACCAUCUCGCAGCUGAAGAGACUGAUCGGUAGGAAAUUCAAGGAGCCUGAUGUUCAGAAUGAUCUGAGGCUGUUCCCUUUCGAAACUUCCGAAGACUCUGAUGGUGGGAUUCAGAUUCGGCUUCGUUACAUGGGUGAGAUGCAGAGCUUCACUCCGGUGCAGUUGCUAGGCAUGUUGCUGUCACAUUUGAAGCAGAUAGCAGAGAAGAGUCUCAAGACGCCUGUUUCGGACUGUGUCAUUGGGAUUCCUUCCUACUUUACAAACUCACAGAGACUUGCGUAUUUGGAUGCUGCAGCGAUUGCUGGCCUGAGGCCGUUGAGGUUGAUGCAUGAUUCUACAGCCACUGCGCUUGGGUAUGGGAUAUACAAGACGGACUUGGCGGCUAACUCGAGCCCUACUUACAUUGUGUUCAUCGACAUUGGUCACUGUGAUACGCAAGUGUGUGUGGCGUCGUUUGAGUCUGGAAGCAUGAGAGUGCUUUCUCAUGCUUUUGAUAGAAACUUGGGUGGGAGAGAUUUUGAUGAGGUUCUCUUCAACUAUUUUGCUGUUGAGUUCAAGGAGAAGUACAGCAUUGAUGUGUAUACAAAUACCAAGGCGUGUGUUAGGUUAAGGGCAUCGUGUGAGAAAGUGAAGAAGGUCUUGAGUGCAAAUGCUGAGGCACCGCUGAAUAUAGAAUGUCUGAUGGAGGAGAAGGAUGUGAAGAGUUUCAUCAAGAGAGAACAGUUUGAGCAGUUGUCGUCAGGCUUGCUGGAGAGGUUAUUUGUUCCGUGUCAAAAGGCUUUGGCUGACUCUGGUGUAAGUUUGGAUCAAAUCCAUUCUGUGGAGCUAGUUGGUUCUGGGUCCAGAAUUCCAGCUAUAUCUAAGAUGCUAAGCUCGUUGUUCAAGAGGGAGUUAGGCAGGACCGUGAACGCAAGUGAGUGCGUAGCUCGUGGAUGUGCGCUUCAAUGUGCAAUGCUCAGUCCAGUUUUCCGAGUUAGAGAUUAUGAGGUUCAAGAUUCUUUUCCUUUCUCGGUUGGCUUCUCAUCUGACAACGGUCCCAUAAACACAGCAUCGAAUGAAAUGCUCUUCCCGAAAGGUCAAGUCUUUCCAAGUGUGAAGGUUCUUACUUUACGUAGAGAAAACACUUUCCAUUUGGAAGCCUUUUAUGCAAGCCAUAACGAAGUAGCUUCGGAUUCACCAAAUCGGAUAACCAGCUUUACGAUUGGUCCUUUUCAAAAUUCCCAUGGAGAAGCAGCACGUGUCAAAGUAAGAGUUCAGCUAAAUCUCCAUGGAAUUGUCACCAUCGAUUCAGCUUUUCUAAUAGAAGAUCAUAAGGAGAAUAUGACUUCUGAAGAUAUGAUAUCCGAAAACAACCAUCCAACAAAGGAUGACAGUUUAGACCCUUCAUCAGGCUCUACUGGUAAUGAUCCUAAGGGAAUCAAAAGAAUGGAAAUUCCAGUUGCUGAGACCGUCUCUGGAGCACUGACAAAGGAUGAGCUAUCUGAGGCCAAACAGAGAGAGAACUCUUUGGUGGAGCAAGAUCUGAAGAUGGAAUCAACAAAGGAUAAGAAAAAUGCUCUUGAAUCCUAUGUUUACGAGAUGCGUGACAAGAUGUUGAAUACAUAUCAGAACACUGCAACCGAGUCAGAACGGGAAAGCAUAGCUAAAAAUCUUCAGGAAACAGAGGACUGGCUGUACGAAGAUGGCGAUGACGAAUCUGAAAAUGCUUACAUCGAGAAACUCAACGAUAUCAAAAAGCUCAUCGAUCCCAUUGAAAACCGGUUUAAAGAUGGAGAAGAGAGAGCACAAGCAUCGAAAGAUCUUCUGAAAACUAUUGCAGAGAAUCGAAUGGCUGCAGAGUCUCUUCCUCCUCCAAGAAAGAACGCGGUUCUCGAUGAAUGUCAGAAAGCUGAGAGGUGGCUCCACGAGAGAGCCACGGAACUGGAAUCUUCACCCAAUGAAGCUAAUCAGGAGCUGCAAUCCGGUGAAAUCAGGAGAAAAGCCGAAGCUCUUAACGCGACGUGCAAGUACAUUGGCAAAUCGAACUCUCCUCCCGGGAAAUCGGAACAUAAUGGGUCGCAUGGAAGAAGAAAAUCAGAUGAUAUGGAGCUUGAUUGA